CGAUUUGAUUAUAUUGUUAUAAACAGCCAAAUAAAUUAGUUGCUAACCUAGACUAGUAGAUAAGCUACAAUUAUUUCGAAGUUUGAUGGGAAUGAGCGUUAUCGGCCACAACAAAGCGCCUCCCAAGGUCGUUUAUCAACAGCCAAGCGACCGCUCCACAUACUCCAGUCAACAGGUCCUACCAUGGUUACACAACCCUUCCCGAUAUCUUGUUCUUGGGAGUUUUGUACUGCCAGAUUACAAAGCCUCAUUCCCAGCCACGUGAUACCCAUGGAAGAGGCUGGAAAUGGACGGUUGAGAAGUGAUAAUGUGCGGCAACCACCAUCACGUACGUAGCCCAUGUCUUAUGUCCUGGUGACGGGGUCGUCGUGAGAGAAAAUCAAGAAACUCGUCAUCACCACCAUUACAAGAAUAGGGGCAUUCCUACUGUUAGUCUUUAUGAAUCUCAGCAUGUGAUCGAUGGCACGUUUCACAAAAUUUCGCCAUUUGCCCUCACUGUGGUAGUAGCAUUGUGGUAGCCUCGUCGUUCUUGUUGAUGGCCAUCGCGGAUGUUCAUGUCAGCCUUCCCAUCUGCUUUACCGAGACUAGCGUCGUUGCAACCUGACAAGACGGGUCCCACCGGACAGCUCCCUGCCGCCUUCCCUCUCUGUUGGAGCGAUAGCUUACUAGUCUUGGCAUCACAGGACGGCCGCGUUCGAGGCACUUCUACCAACCGUCAGGCGCAUCUUCAUCGAAGGCAGGCUCGACUGGCUAGUCUGGCUCUCAAUAUACUCCCUCUCCCCAUCCAACAACAACAAACUGGCUCCUCGAUCUUUAUGCUGAUAGGCACUGCUGGCUGACUCUAUACGUCACACCGAGUUACCUACCUCGACUAUUGAUGUUCGUGAUUCCGACAGCUAGAGCUUGACAUUGAGCAAUCAUCGGAGAGCCGCUUGUAUUGGACAGGAACGUCCAUUGACGACACGACGUUCAGCAUCGCCCAGCUGUCGCCGAUCGAUAACUGGCAAUGGGGAACUACUGCUCGACAUGCUGCCAAGGCAGAUCCCGAGAUGGACUGUACGAGCCAGUCCUGGCCGACAGCGAGAGAGAAGCAGUGGCGGACUUGCUUCAGUACUUGGAGAAUCGUGGAGAAACCGACUUCUUCUCCGGGGAGCCACUCCGAGCUUUGAGCACCUUGGUAUUCUCGGACAAUGUCGAUUUGCAACGGAGCGCCAGCUUGACGUUCGCGGAAAUUACGGAAAGAGACGUUCGCGAAGUUGACCGAGACACUCUGGAGCCUAUACUAUUCCUUCUCCAGAGCCCCGACAUAGAGGUGCAGAGGGCGGCUAGUGCUGCAUUGGGAAACCUGGCAGUCAACAAUGAGAACAAAGUUGCGAUUGUGUUGUUGGGAGGUCUUACCCCGCUUAUUCGCCAAAUGAUGUCCCCAAAUGUCGAAGUUCAAUGCAACGCAGUGGGGUGCAUAACAAAUCUUGCGACACACGAGGAUAACAAGGCAAAGAUCGCAAGGUCAGGAGCGCUGGGGCCACUUACUCGGCUGGCGAAAUCCAAAGACAUGCGGGUACAAAGAAAUGCGACAGGUGCCUUGUUAAACAUGACACACUCAGAUGAAAACCGACAACAACUUGUGAACGCUGGUGCCAUACCAGUCUUAGUACACCUCCUUUCUUCCUCCGAUGUUGACGUCCAAUAUUACUGUACAACUGCGCUCAGCAACAUCGCUGUGGAUGCCAACAACAGGAAAAAGCUUGCUCAGAAUGAGACCAGACUCAUUCAGUCGCUUGUGAACCUCAUGGAUUCAUCGUCACCCAAGGUCCAAUGCCAAGCUGCACUUGCACUGAGAAAUCUUGCUUCGGAUGAGAAAUAUCAAAUCGAAAUCGUAAGGGCUAGGGGUCUCCAGCCACUAUUGCGCUUAUUGCAGUCAUCCUACUUGCCACUGAUUCUGUCGGCUGUCGCCUGCAUCCGAAACAUCUCUAUUCACCCCCUCAACGAAUCUCCUAUUAUUGAGGCGGGUUUCCUCAGGCCACUUGUUGAUCUUCUUGGAUCAACCGAAAAUGAGGAGAUCCAGUGCCACGCCAUUUCAACACUCCGAAACCUGGCUGCAAGCUCCGAUAGGAACAAGCAGCUCGUUCUCGAGGCUGGUGCUGUGCAGAAGUGCAAACAGCUGGUUCUGGAUGUACCUAUCACUGUGCAGUCUGAGAUGACAGCAGCCAUUGCUGUCUUGGCCCUCAGUGAUGAUCUUAAGAGCCAUCUGCUGAACCUCGGUGUUUUCGAUGUCUUGAUCCCACUAACCGCAUCUGAAAGCAUUGAAGUUCAGGGCAAUAGUGCGGCCGCCCUGGGAAAUUUGUCUUCUAAAGUUGGUGAUUACUCCAUAUUUAUUCAAGACUGGACUGAGCCCAACGGCGGAAUUCACGGGUAUUUAAAGCGCUUCUUGGCAAGCGGCGAUGCAACCUUCCAGCACAUUGCCAUCUGGACCUUACUACAACUACUUGAAUCAGAAGAUAAGAAGCUUAUUAGCCUUAUCGGAAAAUCGGAAGAAAUUGUGCAGAUGAUCAAGACUAUCUCAGAUAGGCAGAUCGAGCCGGACGACGACGGAGAAGAAGAAGAGGGUGAGGGUGAAGUGGUGCAGCUGGCCCAGCGGUCCCUCCAAUUGCUAGGCCAGGGCACAUCUCGCAUUGAAGGAUGAAGGAUGAAGGUGAUCACUUUGACGGACCAAUAAUAGGUCUAUAUACGGGAUGGGAAUUCAUGGUGUUUGGCGUAUCUAUGGGCGGUAUGCAUCAUUUGGGAGCGAGCAUUCCUGGGAUAGAAGAUAAUCAAGCCGGUUGAUAUCUCGACAAGGAGAUGGCGGCUAGGAUGGAACCACAAGUGGUAACUUUUCCGGGCUGUGUAUGUUACGUUCUUUGCUUUGAAGCGUCUCGUUGCGUUUUGUUAUUAUCCCCCCCCCCUCCGCCUUGGGGUCUCCUUUUUUCGCUAUUCCAAUGUAAUUAGAUAGAAAAGCCACAGAUAUCCCAACAAUGCGCAAAUCAAUUCUUGAAGGC